AUGCCCAAAGCCAUCCGUGCUGGUACUAAACGGUCAAGUAGCUCUACACGAGACGAGGACUCGCAGGUAUCGCCGAUGUCGUCACCCAAGAAAACGCGCCAAGCCGCCACCCAAUCCCAAUCGGCUGUCGCGUCUUCUUCCACCCACCCGACGCCCGAAGGCCUAAACCUCCUAACGAUCUACGUGAGCGACUCGGACGACGAGUCCACCCACCCGGGAGAACAGAGCGCUGCGGCUCCGAAGCCCAAGCCCAAGCCGACCGCCGAAACCCCCCUCACGGAGGGCAUUUGGCGGGCUUGGACGCUCCUCGCCCGCCUUGGCACUCUCGAGGGUUUCGGGGACCCUUUCCAGCUUACUGUCGACGAGCUUGUCAAGGUUGUCAUCGCUAUCACCAGCGCAUACCACACCUACCGAGGUCUUCUUCAGAAGCAGCGGAGGCCGAAAGAAGCCCUCACCUGCGACCAAUUCUACGGCGAGGUGCAGCUUGUCUGGCACUACCAGAACAAGAAGACGACAGCGACAAAGAGCUUGGCCGACACCUUGCCUCCAAUGCCCUUCCAACUUGGCGUUCAUGACCUCUUCAACCCCGAACUGGUCGACGGUAUCGGCGAGCUCUGUGAGGGCAUGUUGGUGACAAUGAUGAUGCUUGCCGAUCUCGACGACUCGGUUAUUGCACAGCUCGCGGCGCCGCCUCAUCGGAUUCACCACCGCCAGGACAGCAUGGCCGCUCGCGGAGCCCGGCUCGUCGGCCACAACCACUACGUCGAUCGAUGGAACAAGACCAAGAAGGACCUUCCGGCACCCAAGGGCCUCGUUCCACUCACGUAUCAAGUGUUCCGUGACAUCAACAACCAAAUGCUCAUGCUUGGCACGAAGAAGGUUGAUUCCAAUGGCAUCACCCUGCCUCCUCGCCGGUGGUGA